CUCCAUCUUGAUUCUUUUUGGAUACCGUACACAAAUCAACUUAGCAAGAUGAAGUUGAAAAGAUUUCUCCUUCGUUAUUAUCCACCAGGUAUUAUUUUAGAAUAUGAACAAGGAGGGAACUUAAAAACCAAAUCAAUCGAUCUUUUAGAUUUAAAACCAGAAACAGAUGUAGAUGCUGUAGUGGAUGAGAUUUCCAGGAAGGAACCAUUAAUAACAGCUUCCAAAGCAGAUCAAGUUAGAAAGCUCAUACAGAGACUUCAAGAAAAAUUAGCACAAAAAGAUGAUCAUCACUUCUACUUAUUUAAGGUUCUGAGAGCCCAUAUCUUACCAUUAACCAAUGUAGGAUUUAACAAGUCAGGGUCAAGUUUUAUAACAGGAAGUUAUGAUAGAACCUGUAAAGUAUGGGACACAGCAUCAGGGGAGGAGCUUCAUACAUUAGAAGGCCACAAAAAUGUAGUGUAUGCCAUAGCAUUUAAUAAUCCUUAUGGAGAUAAAAUUGCCACCGGUUCAUUUGACAAGACCUGUAAGCUUUGGAGUUCAGAAACAGGCAAAUGUUAUCAUACAUAUAGAGGUCAUUCUGCUGAAAUUGUUUGUUUAAGUUUUAAUCCACAGAGUUCUAUAAUAGCUACUGGUAGUAUGGAUACAACAGCAAAAUUAUGGGAUGUUCAGACUGGAAGUGAAUUAGUCACUCUUAGUGGACAUUCUGCAGAAAUCAUAUCCUUGUCUUUUAAUUCAACCGGUUCCCAACUAAUAACAGGUUCUUUUGACCACACAGUAUCUGUUUGGGAUGUCAAAUCUGGCAAGCGAAUUCAUACAUUAAUUGGUCACAAAGCUGAGAUCAGCAGUGCCCAGUUUAAUUGGGACUGUUCAUUAAUAGCAACAGGGUCUAUGGAUAAGACAUGUAAAAUUUGGGACACUCCUUCAGGUCGAUGUAUAGGAACUUUAAGAGGACAUGAUGAUGAAGUUUUAGAUGUUGCUUUUGAUUAUACUGGUCAAAUGUUAUUAACAGCAUCAGCGGAUGGAACAGCACGUUGCUAUAAUGCUGUCACUCAUCAGUUAAUUUCAAAGUUUGAAGGCCAUGAAGGAGAGAUAUCAAAGAUAACAUUUAAUCCACAAGGAACAUCAGUAUUAACAGCCAGUUCAGAUAAGACAGCUAGACUAUGGGAUCCAGAGAAUGGAUCUUGUAAGCAAAUAUUAGAAGGACAUACAGAUGAAAUAUUUAGUUGUGCAUUCAAUUAUGAAGGAAAUACAAUAAUUACAGGUAGCAAAGAUAAUACAUGUCGGAUAUGGAGAUGAUGUUGGCUGAUUUCAUAAAGAAUUAAUAUCGGAUUGUGUUCAUACCUUUAGAAGGAGUAUGUUGGAAGCAAAGAAAAUCCUGGAAGCGUAAUGUACUGGUUGCAUAGCAACAAAAUUAAUAGUAAAAAAUCUUGUAUUUUUAUUAAAAAAGUAUGUUUUAUUUGAUUAUGCAGCAGGUGUUUUUUACACAAAUAUAAAUGCAGUUUCUUGAACAUAUAUUUGUACAUCUUUCAGAUAUUUUAGUAUUAUGGGCAAAGUAUUUUUUUUUUAACAUAAACAUACAUGUAUACAGAUCAUUAUUCUGAUGUGAUCUAUCCAGUUUGGGUAAAGAAUAAGAUUUAGUGAACACAAAUAACUGUCUAUUGCACAGAUCAUACAAAUCUGUUUUCAUUAGAAUUAAAAAAAAAUAAGUGUCCCAUAGUCAAAAUGAAGCAAUUCUUCUGAAUCAUAAGUGGUGUUACAAAAUUAUAUAGGCAAAAGCAAUUUCAGGGUUUUUUUCCUAGUCAGGACAUUUAUAACAUACCGUAGAAAGGCUUGUAUAGUUCGCAGUGGUACAUAGUCCGCACCCCCUUCUCCCCACGAAAUUUUAGGAAAAAAAACUUUUUGUAACUGUUAGAAAAGGUCUAAUGAAACUCCGGUAAUUUCAAAUCCUGAGCGGUCGUUUGCGGUAUUUUCUUGGAAAAACCUGUUUUCCAUCAUCAAACAGAAGCUGAAACUGCUUGUUAAUGAUUCUAGAACGCUUCAUGAUUGUUAAAAUAAGUUUAAUUCACUUAAAAAACAAUUUAGAAACUUGUGUAUGUUUAAACAGGAAGUUUAAAAAGCACGUGUAAAAGAAGAAAUUAACCGGUGAGAGUCGAAAUCCGUACAUAACAGAUAUCACUAUAAUACGACUUUGAAAGCAAAACAGUUCCAUCCUUUUGUAAAACAGUCUUUAAUAUAUCUAUCACAUUAAUGUUUGAAGGGUCUUAAGCUAAUACAAACCAUAUUAGUCAGUAUGAAACACCAAAACGGAACGAACAAUAACCGAUUUCGUUUUGUAGUUUACAAAUUCUAAGCUGGUUUACGGUUGUCUUUUUCACUAUGUUUGUAUCGUUUCAAUCGAGCAGAUACAAGUUUAUUUCAACCAAUGCAUUGAAAAGAAACGAGAAAUUUGUAAUGAAAGGUUUAGUUUUUAUAUUUAUCAGUAUUAAUUUGAUAUUGAAUAGAAAUAACUUAUUAAUAUGGAUGAGUUAAAAUUAUUAGUUUGAAAAAUGAUAAGAGCGCCCUCUACAAUAGAAAUAACAAAGAUGGCGGAACGUAAACAAACCACCUCGACCGCGAAAUUGAAAUUUUUCUCUUAUUUCUUGCUUAUUGUACUCUAUAGUCCGCACCCCGUCUGGAAGGUCCAAUUUUGGAGAAUAAAACCGUGGACUAUACAAGCCUUUCUACGGUAUAUAUAAAACAGUGGGAUGAUUUCUUGUGAACUCAAAAAAAUGGAUGACUUUACCUCUAAGAAGGAGUGAUAUUUUAAUUCUAGAGGGAAACUUUAUAAAUUAUUUUAUGUCAAAUUGACACAGCUGUAAUGAUUUAAUCAAUUUAGUAAUAAAUUAUAUUUUCUUAAAAUGAUAAAAUGGUGAAGGAAAAUAUUCACAUGGAUAGAAAUAUAAGAAUGGUUUGCAUUUAUGAAUAUCACAUUUAUGUUUUAUUGAAACUGUUAACCAAUGUUUAUAUAAUAUUACUAUAAAUAUACAGGGCUGUUCCAUAAAAACUGAUAUGGGACCCAGGGAAGGCACUUUGAAAUCUCAACUCCAGGUGGUUUGUCAAGUACAUUGAAAUGUAAAUGAAAUUCUAAAUUUGCCUCUAUAAGAGGUAAGCCAUUUCAAAAGUGCCUUCCCUGGGUACCAUAUAUAUUUAAAUGGAACAGCCCCAUUUGAAAUACAUAAAUUGGAAACAAGUUCUCUAUACCAUUGUAUACCAAAACAUUGGCUUUUUUUUCAAAUGGAAGUUAAUUACAGUUGUCAUUUUGAUGGUAAGAUUUGCAAGCAAAAUAGUAAAACAAAAAAUGUGUAACAUAGUUUAAAACAAAUGUAGCAGCUGGUAUGGCUGGUAACGUUUGGGUUGUACAACUUUUGGGGCUAUCACAUUACAAAUUAUACAAAUUUAAGCAUUCAUCAGUUACACAAAAACCCUUUCAUUUUUUUCACAGAAGCUAUUCCAGUGUUUACCUUUUAUCUAAAACAACCUGUAAAUUAACAUACAUUACUCUGAGUCACAUUGUUAUAUUGUAGUCUUAAGCUAACAUGGUAAAGGCUUGUUGAUGUCUAUUUAUUAAGUUCUACUAUAUUCAUACACCAAUUUCGAGUUAUUCUACUAUUGAUGAAAAUAAAACUUUCCACUCUUGAUUUUUUAGCAUCGGAAAAGAAAACAUAUUACAUUCCAUGCAUAAAGUGACUUUUUUUUGUAAAGUCAUUAGGUUGACCAGUGCAAAGAUGAGGUAGUUGAAGUAAAGGGCAAGUCGAAAUUGGUGUUUUGAAUAAAAUUUGUUUUUGUUGUGAGCUGUUUUCUUUUUCAUCAGAUUUAUUUUUUAAUAUAAUAUAUAUUAAACAGAUUUUUACAAAAAAUGUUUGUACAAAAAAAUCAUAUAUUUAUUAUAUUGUGUCCGUCCUACUGUGUGAAAGUGCUAUUUACAAUUAGGUCCGUCCAAGGAAUGAAUUUAUAUUCCAUAAAUGUCUUAUAUUAAAUGAAGAACAUUCCAAAAAUUGCUUAUAUUUAAUGAAGAACAUUCCAGAUAUAUAUUUUAUACAAUGAAAAACAUUGCAGAUAUAUAUUAUAUACAAUGCAGAACAUUACAUAACUGUCAUAUAUUUCAUAAGAACAUUUAAUAAUGUCUUAUAUUGAAGGAAAAACAUUCCAGAAAUGUUUUAUAUUUGAAUGGAGUAUAUGCCAGAAAUUUCUUAUAUGAGAAGAAGAAACAUUCAAUAAAUCUUAUUUAUUCCUUCAUUAAACCAAAACCUUAUGGACACCUCUUAAUUUUUAUAUUUUGCAGAAAUAACAAGUCACUUGUAUUUAAGAUGGUAAUUGACAAAUGUUUAAAACGUAUGCAACUAAAUAGUUAGAAAAUAUUUUUCAAGGAAACAUAAUGCUUUUUCGGGACAGAUAGCAUAAAUUGGAUUUUAGAAUUUGUGCAUUUUAUUUGAUAUCCCUUUUCAGAAAUUGUCCCCCAUUUUUGGGCUUCCAUCAGGAUGAAUAUUGGGUUACUUACACUGUGAUAUGCAUAUUCCAUCACUUUUUGUUCAUGAUUACAGACAAGUUUUGACUUAAUUUUCUGAUUAUAACUUCAUCUUAUUGCUUAUAUUCAAAAUGUCAAUACCAGGAGAAAAUUUUUGUGUUAUCUAUUUUUACUUGUUUUUCAUUUUAAAUCAACAUGUCAAAAUUUCAAAUCAUAUGGAAAAUUGUAAUGGUAUCCCUGGGUAUAUUGAAUUGAAUUGAAAUUUCAAAAUGGGUCUUUAGAUGCAACAGUUUUUCACUAUAACUGUGUUUGGAACUCAUCAAUUUGUAACAUUUGUAUAAAUUUAUAAUAUAAUACAGGUCAAUGGGGGAUACUUCUAAUUGUAAGGUUUUCAUUUGGUGAGUCCAGAAGCCCAUAUUUAAAAUCUGACAAGUCCCUCUGUUAUUGGGGUCAUAAUUUUUAACAUUUCGUUGAUCCCAGAUGACAUUGAUUAGUAAACUCUAUGACUCAUUUAGGUGAGUAAUACGAAUUCUUGAUACAUAAUGCUACAUAUGACUAACUACCUAGUGUCAUCCCUGAAACAUCACGAUAGCAGUUACUACAUUUUAUAAAUAACUAUAAAGUAAUGCAUCCUUGUAUUUACAAGAAAACGAAUAGUUAUAUAAAGGGAUAUGCUUCGUAUUACUUUUCUCAUUUGCUUAAGAAAACUGAGGUAUAUAUAGUAUUGAAGGAUGCCAAACUAUAUACAUCUACUUCAGGAUGUCUUGGAUUUUCCAAACCAAAUAAAGGCCAGAUAUUUUUCCUUCCUAUGUUCAAAGAACAGUUUAUAUUUUGUAUAAAGUCAGUGGUAUGAUACAAUGUUUUUUUCCAAGAAAUGAUCUGUAUUUUAUUGUAGUAUGACUUUAUUUUCAAGGGAUUUUAAUUCUAAUAUUUGUAUACUUGACAUUAGAAAAAAGAAUAUCUUUACUGGUGGUACAAUGGUAGUUAAUACUUACAUAUAUUAAAGCAAACAUAACUGUAUGUUAAUAUCCUAUUUUUACUUAGUAAUUAUGUGUUGCAAUAUUAUGUAAUUUUUGUGAAUGCUUGACAGAUCAGUUUUUGCUUGUGUGUAUUGUUUUGAAAAUAAGGAUGUGUUUUACAAUCAUGCAAAAUCUAUGAACUUGUGCAAAUUAGUUUUAUCCUGAAUUAAAAUUAAACAGUUA